AUGGGGCAAAUAGCUGAAAAGUUGAAUGAGCGACCACAAGGUUCCCUAUCAAGUAACACGGUGACAAAUCCACUUGAACAAGUAAAUGCAAUAACUUUAAGAAGUGGAACAAUCUUGGAAGAGGCUGAACAAAAAGGGAAGGAUGAGAACCCACCAAGUAAAGCAAAGGAAGAAUCCAAUGAAGAAAUCAAGGAAGAAGUCAUGGUUGAAGAGAAGCCAACGAGUCCCAGAGAAUCCAGAGAAGAAGAACCGAAGAAGGAAGAGAGGCCAAAGCAAAAGAAGGAAAAAUUGUCAUUUCCUGAGAUACCACCGGAGUUAGCACAUCACACGCCUCUUGUGCCCUUUUCUCAGAGGCUCAGAAAGCAAAAUCAAGAUAAGCAGUUCACGAAAUUCCUUAAUGUAUUUAAAAAACUGCACAUUAACAUUCCUUUUGCAGAUGCCUUGCAGCAUAUGUCGAGCUACACUAAGUUCCUCAAGGACAUUCUAGCAAACAAGAGAAAGUUGGAAGAUGAGGAAACAAUGAUGCUUACAGAGGAGUGUAGUGCCAUCCUACAGAAGAAGCUACUGCCAAAACUCAAGGAUCCAAGGAGUUUUACUAUCCCUUAUGUUAUAGGAAAUAUUGCAUUUGAUAAAGUUUUGUGUGAUCUGGGUGCAAGUAUUAAUCUAAUACCUUUUUCUGUUGUCAGGAAACUGGGGAUUGGUGAAGUGAAGCCUACAACCAUAUCCUUGCAGCUUGCAGAUAGAUCCAUCAAGCAUCCAAGGGGCAUUAUUGAAGAUGUACUGGUUAAGGUGGAUAAAUUCAUUUUUAUGGCAGAUUUUUUUGUGUUGGAUAUGGAAGAAGACAAGGAGAUUCCUCUCAUCUUGGGACAACCAUUUCUUUCUACUGGAAGAGCCUUAAUUGAUGUACAAGAGGGGAAGUUGAUCAUGAGGGUGCAAGAGGAAGAAGUGACAUUCAAUGUCCUUGAGACUCUAAAAGUUCCAUCGAAGCAAGAUUCAUGUUUCAAAAUUGACUUGGUGGAUCAGUCGGCAAUUAAAACUUCCAAGAUUGAUGAUCCUAAAUCACCAAUUAAGGGAUGCAUGGUCAAGUCAAGGCAAAUCGAAGAUGAAGACCAUAACCUAGAAGUUUACACAACACACCUAUAUGGGCCACAAUCGAGCAAAUGUCUUCACAAGGGACGAACUUCUCAGUUCAAGAAUGCUGAUGGAAAGUUAAAAAAUCAGAAAGUUGUCGAUGAGAACGCUCAAACCCUAAAAGGAAUGACCAAGGGAUGGAAAUGGAUGAUUAAGUUCUCAACAAAGACCUGA